UUCACGGUCAACUUCUUGUGGUCUAGUCUUUUCAAACUGCUAUUAUAUUAACAACGCCAAACGCACUACUAUAUUGUGAUGGAACUUGAGUGGAGAGCGAGAGAGCGGCUAGAUAACGAUGGCGAUGGGCGGUCAUCCUCCAGAAGCGUACGCUCCGUCAAUCGUUAGGUCUCUUAAAACAUUCCUGUUGCAUAUUUCCGGUCAGUUGAAUCGUUAAUGCUCUGUGAGCAGGUUGUCAAACCAUCGAUCGUUAAUCGGGUCUUUUGAGAAGCACGAAGUUGCAGUCGACGAACUACUUCGUUCUUAUAAUGCUAAAAGUUUUGCGAGGGAGUGUCUCAAUUGCUCCACACAACCAUACCAAGAAUAUACCCAAGAGUACAGAGGCUUGUGGGUUAGAUAGUUCAUUAACGUUUUGUACUUAAUUAGAAAGAGAGUGUAAACUAUUCCAGCCAUAUAGUAUUAGUGCUGGCCGACUCAGGGGAAUCGUGGUGCGAGUGUUGCUUGUUUUUUUUUAAAUCGUAGGCUUUGUGAUAAACCCACAAACACCGACAUACAUCUGCCUGUCGCUGCGCCGGCUCAGGGGUCCCCGAAUGUCCGAAGCAGGUUUGUCCCCGCGGGCUCGGUUCUUCUCUCUGUGUUCGCGUGCUCGAUUAUAAAAGUAGCUGCUACGGUAUCAAGUGCUCGCACAACAAACGACGAGUCACGAUCGGAAGAUCUUUUUUGUGGCAGUGAAUAUAAAGUCAGGCGGAGACAAGAACCAGAUCUUCUUAACGAUGAACGCGAUCCGUUGUCUAUCCGCAAUCAUCAUAGUGCUGGCAGCGGCCUGUUGUCGGCCGGUUACUGGACAGUUUAAACAGUGCGCCAGGGAGAAAGACUGUAUCGAUAUCCGAGAAUGCGCCAUGUUUGGGCCACAUUUCACGGAGCCAGCCAAGUGGGCCGACAAUCUCAAGUUUGAAUUCGGUAAACGAGUGUGCAAACGCGAGUCAGUGAAUGGUGGUAAUAAAUUUAAGGUUUGCUGUCCUUCGGAUUCAACAAACCUCGGUGAUAGUGGUGGAACUAGUGGUCGGCGUGGCAUGGACCUGCUGAAUACUCAGGACUGUGGCUCAAUCUCCGAUGACCGAAUAGCGCACGGGAAGACCGCCAAACUGUACAUGUUUCCUUGGAUGGCUCUCUUGGAAAACAACAUUGGGAAGUUCCCGUGUGGAGCGACACUGAUUGCCGAGCGAUACGUGCUGACGGCAGCCCACUGUGUCCGCGAUGAAAACAUUGUUUCGGUGCGGUUGGGUGAGUACGAUCUGAACAAGACGAUCGACUGUGAUAAGGGUGGGCAAGAUUGUGCUCAACCUGUGCAAGACAUUCCUGUUGAGCGUGUAAUUAUACAUGAUAACUACAGCAGUCGAUUCAAGCGUAACGAUAUUGCCUUGAUUCGACUUGCAGAAAAGGCAUCAUUGAAUGACAAUGUAAAGCCUAUCUGUUUACCCGUCGGACCGCUGAUGCGAACCACUCAGAAAAACUAUUUUGUCGCGGGCUGGGGUAGCACCCACAAUGCCGACUAUUCAUCCAAGCUACAAUUUGCUAUUUUAACUUUGAUGCCUAACGAUCAGUGUUUGCAACGUCUGCGUCUUGAGGAUCCAUAUGUUAAGGUAGAGGAUAGCCAAAUGUGCGCGAUCGGAGCAAAUCUGAGUGACAAUUGUUCCGGAGACUCAGGUGGACCACUAAAAACGAUCAGUCAAAGUGCACAGUUCGUACAAUAUGGCGUCGUGUCAUUUGGGUUGAACACCUGUGGCAAAAAAAGCGCUCCAGGUGUGUAUACACGGGUGGAUAAAUACGUUGACUGGAUUCUGGAGCAUCUUGAAGAAUAAGUUGGCAAAUCCUCCAAGUCGAAACUCUUUCAUAGCCCAACCGCAGGUUGAUAGUAGAUAGCUAAAGAUCAUCGACGAGACCCUCCAGAUCGUAUGUAGCACAAAAUAACGUUAUUUUAUGUUUAAUUGUAAGGCGCUUUGAAAGUUGCACAAACCACUCAGAUAUUGAGACUCAGAAAUGUGAGAAAUCUAUUUUAAAAGCAAAUAAAAUGAACCCAAAAGAAAACAAAACCACUGAUUGUUGUGUUU